GUGCGAUCUCUAACCGUCUUGUUUUGGCCGCACUUGCUUCGUUGAAUCGCCCAAAGUCUUAUUUUUAAAUAAUUUAACAAGCAAAACAGCAAUAAACAUGAUUGGCAGCAAAAAAACUAAGAAGGCGAAUGUCUUUAAGGAAAUCGCAGAUAACUUUGAGCAACUGACCAAGAAUCCAGAGCGUUUUCUCAAACCGCAGCCUGAUCAAUUGGAGGCCAUCGAAAAGCUUAUUCAGCAGACGUACGCCGUUAGCAUCAGCGGAGAUGUGGCCAACAAGAAAGCAUUGCUUCCGGAAUUGGUGCUGGAGCAAAUGGACGAUGAGCAGAUUUGGCAGCAACUUGAAAUGCGUAACGAGCUGGUAUUCCAGCAACUAGUGGAACAAACUGCUCAACUGACGGCGAUGAGGGAACAACACCUAGGAAUCGAAUUGGACGAGGGUGAGGAGCAGGAGGAGGAGGAGGAUGUGAAUCAGGAGGAGGAGGAGGAUGAGGAUCAGGAUAAUGCAGAGUCAGAUGAAGAUGAAGAAAAAGAGGAAUCAGAUUUAAGCGAAGAGGAUGGGGGUUCAAAAAAACAGAAAGUCACAUCUCAAAAGGAAAAAAAGAACAAGCGAGGACGCAACUCUAUAGUGGACGACACGUUUUUCAAACUGGACGAGAUGAACGAGUUUUUGGAGCAGGAGGACGCCAAGGAAAUGCGACGGCUUAACAGCAAACGUGAUGUUGAGCAGACGGAUGCUAUUGAUCACUAUGCGGAGGAUUUCGGUCUGGGAGAAGAAGAUGAUGAUGGCAAUGUCAACUAUGCGGAUUUCUUUGAUAUGGACGACGAACUGGAACAGCAUGCUAAACAGAUAGGCAACGGCAAGCAGAAAGACUUUUUCAAUGAAAACGAAAGUGAGAAUGAGCAGGAAGAGGAUGAAAAUUCAGAGGAGGGCGAAUCUGACCAGGAAGAAGGAGAAGACGAAGGGGAGGCGAAAGGUGAUGAAGAGGAUGCAGCAAGCGAAAUAGAUGAAUCGGAAUUUGUGGCAAAAAGUGGCAUAGAACCCGCCAGCGAUUCAGAAUCUGAUUCAGAAAAACAAGAAGAGGAUGAACCGCAACUUGCAGAGCCGCCCUCGCAAUCAUCCAAUGAGAUGAGAGAGGCCCGAUUGUUCCAACGCAUCCGCGACUAUGAAGACGUUGUCCUGGGCGAGAAGCCUUGGCAACUAAAAGGCGAAGUUAAAGCGGCAAAUCGUCCCCAGAACUCUUUGCUUGAGGAGAUUCUAGACUUCGACUCCACAACCAGACCGACAGCACCCAUUACGGAAGAGGACAAUCGGUCGAUUGAAGACAUCAUCAAGCAGCGCAUUCGUGAUAAAGCCUGGGACGAUGUGGUGCGUACAGUGCGCCCAGUAAACACUCCGCAGGAGUACCGAAAGCAGCUAGUUCUGGACCAGGAAAAGUCAAAGCAAUCCUUGUCGCAGAUUUACGAAGCGCAAUACCAGCGCGAGAUGGAAAAACUCGACCCAAAUCGCGAUGCCGAUGAAAAAUCUGGUCCGGAGCCCAAGGAACACCAAGAAAUAAAGCGGGCAAUGCGUUCGCUGUUCCUUAAACUGGACGCUUUGUCCAACUUCCACUUCACCCCCAAGCCAGUGGCACCAGAGAUCAAGAUUGUGACUAACACGCCGGCAGUUCACAUGGAAGAGGUAGCUCCAUUGGCGGUUAGCGAUGCCAAGCUACUAGCGCCCGAGGAAGUGUUCCGCGGACCCAAACAUGCUCCUCUUGGCAAGACGGAACGUGAUCGGACGGACAAGAACCGCGAGCGCCGUAAGAAGAAGCAAAAGCAGAGGGCCAUUAAUUCAGCUUUGGAGCAGCGCGACCUUCAGCGUGCUAAGGAGGGCAAGGCUCCAACGAAGAAGGAGUCUGACGCUAAGUUGCUCAAGUCUAUUACCAAGAACCGCAACGUUCAGAAGAUCAAUGCAAACAGCAACGAUCACGGUGCUCUAAAGUCAUCCAAGUCGUUCUUCAGCAAGCUGCAGGACACUACGGCGGCCACAGCCUCCAACAAGCGACCGAAAAAGGACCCUGCCAAGGCAAAUGCCAAGAGGCUUAAGCUUUAAUGUUCAUUUUAAGACUCCUCAAUCUGGUAAUUGUCCUUAUCCAACCAAGUUUUUUCGCCUCCAGUCACGUGCCAAAAAUGUUAGCAAGCACACAGACAUGUCCACAAUGAAUUCCUGGUUGUAGGAAUAACUUUAGCAGUCCUCAAUUUGAGGCACCAUGGGAGAUGCCAUGCGCCGGUACUUUUAAUGUCCUCUGUGCGAGUGUCCUGCGUAUGCGUAUGUGAUGUGGAAACGACUUGUGUGUGACUGUGUGGGAGUCAAGGACAUUUGGUGGAAUGGUGAGCCGAUUAGGCACGCGUGUAGUGUGCAGGAAUAUGACUAUUUUUAGAAAAAUUUACUUAAAAUAAACUGUUUGCUAUGUAAAUAGAAACCUAAUUAAAGAAAGCUAGAACCACA